AUGCCGCCCGUCACACCGACACUCUCGAUUGGGUCGCUACUUGCACGAAACGUGACAACAGCAGACGGCUCGGAUCUUGGAUUGCAUGUUGUAUGUGCGUGGCCAGUCAGUGGACAGUAUGGACCAGGCUCAAGAGUGCUUUACUAUGUCCUCGUUGUUCUAUGUGUGUUUGGUAAAAAGGCAGAUUGGAUAAAGAAUGCGUGUCUAGCUGCUGUAUUGCUCUUUCCUGCGGUCGCUGCUCUCCAUGGCAUCACACUCGCAGCUCUGCAUGUAGAUGGCGCUGUAGAUAUGGACAUCUACGGAGCAUUCCAAUUAUGCUCUCUGGGUAUUUUAGCAGCUCCGGCGACCGUCAAAAACUCAAAGACGUAUUUUCUGGACCCUGGCCGAAAUAUCAUCUUCUUAUGGACAGGUCUUAUCCUUUCUGGUCUGCUGAGCUUGGCUGUUGAGUUCUUCCGCACCAAGACUCAUGUCUGCAAGUCAGAUAACGGGAGUCUACUAUCUCUCGCAAACUUCGACUACGGAAACACUACCUGCGGUUUAGUCUGUACGGAAGAAUUGGGUCCAUUCUCUCCAAUGCGUCAAGACGCAGCAAAUAACAUCUAUGUGAUACCAGCUCCGACUCGACUAACAUUCGGCACUGUGACACUUCUAUGUGCAGCGUGUUGCAUCCCAGCUAUUCUUACACUCAUUUCCAUGUGGAACAAAAUUCUCGAGAUCAAUUGGAGAUCACGAUAUGGCGUACCGACUGAGAAGGAUCCAGAAGAGAAGAAGGUCAAGGAUAUCAACAACUUGAUCAAACGCUUCUUGAAUGUCAUCGAAGCACCGAUAUUUGGUAUCGCCGUAGUGGUUAUUCUCAUUCUCGGCGAGAUCAACCUCUUCAGCAAUCAAGUGAGGUAUCAGACGGAACCCAUAGCUAGCAUUGGUCAAUGGGCGCCGAUAGUGGGAACCGGAAUUGCCAUGGCUGGAAGUCUUGUCGUAUAUCUGACUUCUACGUCUGCCAACCCGGAGACUGAUGGUAUAGACUCGGGAUCCAUCUCUAACUCGUCUUGCCAUUGUAGCGUCCGACCGGAGACACACAAUUCCAACCACAGCAGGACAAAAUCCAAUGCCCUUACACAUGUCAACACCCAACGAAGCAUGGCUAGCACUGUCCCAGCCGACAGAGGAGGUCGACGCAAAGUGGCCGAAUUCAUGCACAAGGUCGGAGACUACAUGGGUACUCCUGGUCAAAGUCGAUUUGACAACCCUUCUUAUCGACGCGAUUACCACAACUACCCCACCAUUCCUGGUCAGGAGUUCCGAGACGCAGCAUUGACGAAUACAGAACGACUGUACAGCUCAGGACGCUUAUCAAGAUCUGCCAGUCGCGCUUCGAGUAUGCGGGUAGCCAUCCCAUCCUCGCAAGGUCACGCGCUGCAAAGGCCACGGUCGGAUUCUAUAGGAGCAAGAUCUGUCGACAGUCAGGAUGCAAUAUCUCCCACUACAGUUGCUGGUCCGAGUAUGACGACGCGAGCACGCAGAGAUACUCUGGAAGUGCCAUCUCCUGCUCACGUCUCCUCACGAGAUGCUUUGGACAGAUCGACAAGUUCGACCGGCCCAACCGCAUCAGGCUGA